AUGAAUAUUUUCUUAGCAACAACAACAAGUACAACGACAACUUGUUUACCAAUAUGUUUGCAAUGGGAUUGUUGGAUAAAUGUAACAGCCACAUAUCCUUAUACAAGUCCAACUGUAAAUCGAAAUAGUGAUGGUAGAACAUCUGCAGUAACUGCAUCAACAAACACAACAGCUUCAACUGAGAAUUUAUCAAGCUCAAAUUAUCUAAAAGAUUUGGAAAAUGAGAACUUUCGUUUGAAAUUAGGUUUAGGUUUAGGCUUAGGAGCAUCUCUAUUGGCAACAAGUUCAUUAGCGAUUGGUAUGUUUAUUUAUUAUUCCUCACGUCUUGCAUCAUUACAAGGAAUACCGGGACCAAAAGUAGAAGGAUUUACUCAUUUGUAA